AUGCACUUCCGCACCUCGUUCCUGUUGAUGGGCGUUGCCGCUGCCAGUCUGGCCGUUGCUGCCCCUGUGGUGGCCGACUCGCCCGCCGCUGUGGAGCGUGCCAACGGUGCCCCUGCUGCCGACUUCCUCCAGCCUAGCAAGCAGUUCUCCUACAAGCGCGACGAGGUCGAGGAGCGCGCCAACGGUGCCCCCUCCAAGGACUUCCUCCAGCCCAGCAAGCAGUACAGCUACAAGCGCGCCAACGGUGCCCCUUCCAAGGACUUCCUCCAGCCCAGCAAGCAGUUCUCUUACAAGCGCGACGGUGAGAUUGAGGAGCGUCAGAACGGUGCUCCCGCCGCUGACUGGGGACGCAACCCCAAGCAGUACCAGUACAAGCGCGAGGUUGAGGAGCGCCAGAACGGCGCCCCUGCUGCUGACUGGGGACGCAACCCCAAGCAGUACCAGUACAAGCGCGAGGUUGAGGAGCGUCAGAACGGCGCCCCUGCUGCUGACUGGGGACGCAACCCCAAGCAGUACCAGUACAAGCGCCAGAACGGUGCCCCCGCUGGUGACUACGGUCGCAACCCCAAGCAGUACCAAUACAAGCGCGACGAACUGAUGGAGGAGCGCGCCAACGGUGCCCCCAGCAAGGACUUCCUCCAGCCCUCCAAGCAGUACUCGUACUAG